AUGAUAUUUCACAUCCAUGUAGCUCUAUCUAUUAAUGCUGGUCUUUUUAGUGUUUUAAAUUUUUUUUGUUUUGCACUUUUGCUUUUCUCUUCAUCUUUCACUUUUUCUUCUCCUCUUCUCCAUCCUUUCUUUCUUUCUUUCUCUAAAUUUAAAAUUUCUUACUUGAAUUCAUUCUCUUUUUAUUUCUUAUCUCUCCUCGAUUACCUUACUCCCCCUCCAAUCAUUCCUUCCUUCCUGCCUUCCUUUCCUUUACUUUCGUUUUCCUUUCUUCCUCCCACCCUCCCUUCCUUCCUUCCUAGCACCCGCCAAUCAUUCCUUUCUUCCACCUUUCCUUCCUUCCUUCCUUCCUUCCACCCUUCCUUCCUUCCUUCCUUCCUGCCACCCUCCCUUCCUUCUCCCUCAAUCCUUCCUUCCUUCCUUCCUUCCUUCCUUCCUUCCUUUCCUUUCGUUUUCCUUUCUUCUUCCCACCCUCCUUCCUUCCUUCCUUCCUUCCUUCCUUCCUUCCUUCCUUCCACCCUCCCUUACUUCGUCCCACCCUCACUUCCUUCUUUCCCUCCUUCCGUAACUUUCCUUUCCUUUCUUUCUCCCACCCUCCCUUCCUUCCUUCCUAGCCCCCUCAAUCAUUCCUUCCUUCCUUCCUUCCUUCCUUCCUUCCUUCCUUCCUUCCUUCCUUCCUUUCCUUUCGUUUUCCUUCCUUCCUUCCUAGCACCCGCCAAUCAUUCCUUUCUUCCACCUUUCCUUCCUUCCUUCAUUCCUUCCUUCCUUCCUUCCUUCCUUCCUUCCACCUCCAUUCCUUCGUCCCACCCUCUCUUCCUUCCUUCCUUCCUUCCUUUCCUUUCCUUUCCUUUCCUUUCUUCCUCCAACCCCCUCCCUUCAUUCCUACCUAGCACCCUCCAAUCAUUCCUUCCUUCCACACUCCCUCCCUUCCUACCUUUCUGCCACCCUACCUUGCUUCGUCCCAUUCUCACUUCCUUCCUCCCAUCCUCUCUUCCUUCCUUCCUUUCUUUCUUUACUUUCUCUCUCUAUUUUUCAUCGUUUCCGAACUGCCUCCCAAUAUAUUACUUUUCUUUAAUUCACAGAUAUUCCUUUCAUUUUUCUUCUUUCUUUCUUUCUUUCUUUCUUUCUUUCUUUCUUUCUUUCUUUCUUUCUUAUUCCUUGAACAUGCAAAUAAAUCGCUCGUUUAAUAUAACUUGA